AUGAACACCACCACCGCCACCACCACCUCACUCGCCGAUUUGUCAUUCAUCGAGGCACAAAAUCUAAAUACUACAGAAAAGUACUUCUACUUAGGCACCGCAGCCGCAGUGCUCCUCCUGUACGACUUCCUCCUCACUAUCGGCGUGGAGCACGCCUGCUUCUGGCGCCGGCGGCUCUCGGGCGCGGCCGCGCUCUUCCUCGUGAACCGCUACCUCACGCUCUUUCUCGCGCUGUACAAUGCGCCCUGGUGGGACGUCCUGCAGCUCCAGUACUCUGGUGCGACACGAUGCACAACAGUCGCUUUCGUCCAGGCUUUCUUCCUGAACUCGCAGUACGUCAUUUGGGCAGUGUUCAACUGUCUUCGCGUCUUCGCACUACAACGGCCGCGCUGGCGCUGCACCGCCAUUGUCCUCAUCCUCUCGCUUACCGCCGUUGCGGCCGAUGUGGUGCAGCUGCCCUCCGUGCACAGCACGCUCGACCGCGCUCCACUGUCCGCCGGAUGCGCCGCGCGGGACAAGACCCCCUUGCAGGGAUUUUAUAGCGCGGAGAUAAGCGUAUGCAUGCUGCUCAUCGCGGCCGAGCUACUCGUCAUGGCCGUCACCUGGGCGGAGAUGGCACACUACCGGGCGAGCGCGCGCAGGGUGCGACGCGCGCUCACGCUGUCGUGCGUCCUGUACGAAAAUGGAAGAGCGUACUUUGUGUCGGUGACGCUCAUGCACACGCUGCACCUCCUGUCUCCACUGCUCUCAGUACGUAUCCACUGGGAUCCCACGCUCGUAACCCUAGUUCCACCGCUCACGCUAAAAAUCAUUGCCAUCCUCGUGAACCGCUUCCUCCUCGCGCUCCAAGCCGCCGCGUCCGCAUCCGCGCCCCACCCCGACGACACGUUCUUAGACUCCAAUCUUGAAUGCGAUUCGGCGAGCCUGUUGCAAUUUGUCCGCGCGGACAUCGACGAAUGGAUCCAGUCUGAGCUCGACUUCGCAUCGCCCUCCUCCCUCGAUGAUGGCGCAAGCACGGAUAGCCUCGAUGGGGAGGACAGGGCGCGCUGGGACGAGGAGUGCGGGGCGGCGCUGCGGCGGGGUGGUAGCGCGGGGCGGGGGGAUGGUGAAGUGUAG